UUAAACGCAAAAUAAAUAGUACUAUACAUUCUCCACAACCUGUAUAGGUUUUCAAGUUUCACUUUUCAAAAGUUUGAAGGUUUUUUUUAUAUAAAUAUAAUAAAAGAUAAAAAAAUAAUAUUUACAUAAACGUAAAUAUUGUUUUAAAUAUUUAAAGGGUAUGGUGUUAUUGCUACUGUAGCAAAACUAAAUAGAUGCUUUUCUAAUAAUAAUAAUGUCUCCUGAACCAAAACAUGAUGUUGUUGAUGAAAACUGGAGUGCUUCAAAUAUUAAUACUGGAGUAACUGCAAGUGAUGAUUCUGAAAGCGAUGAUGAAGACCAUACAGUUGAGGGUUAUGUUCCAUUAGCACAAGAACCAGUAGAUGGAGAUUUAUUACUGGAAGAAGAUGAGGACGAAGCAGAAUGGAUCCCAUUAAAUGUUGAACAAGAAUUGCCUGAAUCGACAAACAGCCAGACACAUAUAAUACAGUCAGAGACAGUAGUGCAAGUUUGGUCAUCUUCUUCUUCUUCUUCUUCUUGCAAUUGCUCAAAUAUUGAUAUGGAUGCAGACAAAAUCAAUCAAGUCAAACAUGUUAUGGCUUCUUUUUCUUUACCUAAUACGGCAAUUCCAGAAUGGGCCAAUACUGUCUCUGAGGAACAAUGGAAAGAACAACUUAUGGAUCGUAUAAAAACAAUUCAGCAUGAAGCAAACCAAAUAUAGAUCAUAUAUCCAGGAAUCAUUAGCAUUGAAGAUAAACCACAGAGCCAUCCCAGCAUAUGACUCCACCAUGGAUAUUCAUAAUUUAGAUAUUUGACAGGUACAAAUUUGAUCAAGUUAAAAAUAAACACACCCUGCGAAAAUAAUGUUUUUUUUACAACAAUAA